AGUGUGUUCAUAACUUUUUGCCAGCUAAGACGCUAAAUUUCUGCUCCUAGUUGUUAACAUUUUCAAAGGACAUUAAAUAAACGUUGGAUUUAUAGAAGCACUAAAGUGGUUGAUUUUUUUGAAUUAAAGUAUUUAUUGGAUGAUCUUUUAUCAUUAAUAAGAGUCACGUUGAGAGAUCCUUAAAAACAAAUUAAAUUAUAAGACUUUCACCAAAUAAACGUGUAUGCUGUUGGAUGUCUUCAGCCGAAUUUAAAGUGGCAUAAAGAAAUUAAAGUGUUUGAAAAGGUUGACAGCUUAAAAGCAAAAAAAGAAAUAUUGCGAUAAAUAAUUACUCAUUCGAAAUUGAUCGUAAUCAUCGGUUGUUGACUGUGCAGUAUACAGUGGUGAACGUUUCAUUUCAUCGAUCUAUUAAUUUAUCUCAAGCUAAGAGCGCUUUAUGCAACAGAAUCUCAACAGAGAAUUUCUCAAAUUUUAUUUUCAUAUCCAUCAACAGAAACAAGUUUUCUGAACAACAUCUUGAAAGAGUUGAUUGUCUUGGCCAGUUGAUUAGAAGUGUAACAAUUUGUGUAUCAUGAACAGCAGCUUAAUUGAGUUGGAAACAUGGAUCAUAUUUCAGAAAAUCUCAUCUGAUUGUUCAAACUGUUUGUAAUAUUUUAUACUUUUGUCAUCAUUUUAUUAUCCUUCGUCGACAUCUAAAUAUUUCUCUCAAGAUAUUAUUUUUUACAACACCUUAGUUUUUGUUUCUGGAUGAAAAAACUUUUUAGUCGUUUCUAACGUCAGUUACAUGAGAACAUAAAAAGUUUUUCUUUUUUUUUUUGAGUAUUUUAUGAAGUUUUGUUGGAACAAUGGUUAAUACAGUCAUGACUGAUAAUGCUUUUAGAGCGAAAGAUAUUGGAUUGCGAGCACAAAAGAAAAUUUUAAGUCGUAUGGCUUCAAAGAAUGUUGCCAAAGUCUUUAUCGAUGAAACGACUUCGAGUCUUUUGGACAACGUCUAUCGGCUUACAAAACAUCAGCUUGGAAGUAAAAAAGAAGCCGAAAAAUUGGUGAAAAAUAUCAUUAAGAUUGUGAUAAAAUUGGCGAUACUUCAUAAGAACGAAGUUUUUACCGAAGAUGAGACUCAGAAGACCAACACAUUUUAUCAGAAAUUUACAAAACUCCAAAUGUCAAUUAUCUCAUUCUUUGAAGUUGAAUUUAGUUUUGAUUUAAUUUAUCUUCAAAAAUUGAUAACUGAAGUUCAUCAACUUCUGAAGGAAAUUGUUAGUAGUCAUUUAUCUGAUAAAAGCUUAUUGAAAAUCGAUGAAAUCUUUGAGUCUCUCAACAACCCACAAUUCCUUGAAUCGAUUUUCAAAGCCGAUUCACCUCAUCGAGACUUAAUGGAGAAGAUUGUUUCAGACCUCAAUAAAGUCAUGGAACAAAAUGAGUAGAAUUUUUCACGCAAAACAAAAACUAAUCAAACUUUUGCAAACACUUGCAUAUCUGAGAACUUUGUUUUAUGUCUCAAAUGAAAAGAAAAUACCUUGUUAGUUAUUAAAAUAGUAUUAAGGGCGGGCCUAAAUUAAGGCUAAUCUCAUGGUCGUACUCAUAUUUGUUUUAUGUUUUGCCAUGUUAAGACUUAAUCUCUUCUUAUCGUAGAAGAAUCACAAUGAGUUUGUAAACUUUUCGCUCUUAUUUUAGACUAAUUAAGUAUGUGAAGAAAGUAGAAAGAAAAACAAUCAAUAAAUCCCUCCAUGAAUUUAUCCAAAAAGAUUAUGGAAGAUCGAGUGGUAAAUGAUAAAUCAAAGAUAAAUAAAGAAAAUUUGUGAAAUGUAGAAAAUGU